AUGCGUGUUUUGCGUGCCCCCUUCCCACAUCUGCCGUGCCUGGCGAAGACGCGCCAAUUUUCACGUGGCUCGCUCUCGUGGUCGUUUCCCCUGUGCGCUCUCCUUGUAGGCCAGUGGCAGUACCGCAUUGCGCAAGAACUGCAGUUGGACCCUAAGACUGUCUUUCACCACCUUAAGCCGUUGUACAGGGACGAUCUGAUAUACCACAUGCAGCUGUCGAUUCCUCCCGCACACAAAGCCACCGAAAGUGAAGUCCAAAGGUGCGGGCGACGGGGGCUCAGCACGCUCGGCAACACGCAGUUGCAGCGCAUCGGACAGGACGAAAGCCUUGUAGUUGGUCGGGGAACUCCGCAGAAAACGAACCUCACCAUGUCAGCUCUCCUGUGGAGUACAAGCUUCUUUUCGCCCUUGCGGCUGCCCAUCCACAUACGCGGUCUUAUGACUCUGAUACACCUGCUGCCCUUGCAGCAGUGUGCGACACAGCUCCUCCGCAGCGCUCCCAACAACAUUUUGCUGGAGGAUGAAGCCCCAUACUUGCGCUUCAGCGACAAGCAGAUGCGGCGUCUUUUCUACAGAGUGCGAGAAGCUCUAGAGAGGAGCGGCCACGUGCGGCGAGUAAGGGCCUUCUGCAAGCAGACCGUCCGUUACGAACGCUGUCUUCUUUACACCCCCUCUAACGGAGCCACCACCUCUUUGGGAACCCCUAUAGGGCUGCUACAAAAUGAAGUCAAAAGUGAAGGCGGCGCAAGCAUAUUAGCUCAAGUUAAGGUGGAGGAGGGCAUUUCGCUUGCAGCGGCAGCAGCAGCUGCGGACUUGAGAGACCCCUUGGCCAGCAGUCACAGCCCCCGAGGGCCUCAGGGGGCCCCCGAGGGGACAGAGGAUGCGGACGACACCCCUUCAGUAGUGGUGGAACUGGAGGGAACGUCCUUGGGGUGUCUAUCGGCUUUCCUCUUGAAGGCUGCGGGCUCUCAGGGCCUCACGACGGUGGCGCUGUCGCGGCUGCUAGGCCUCGAUAUCAAGCGCAGCGGGAAGAUUUUAGCGGAGUUUUUAAGGAAAAACCUCGUCACACGAGUAGCUGAACGCCGUGGCAAGUGCUUCCUGUACCGAUACAUCUCCCGGGAGCUCCCGCAUCUAGAGGCGCUUCUCGCCGAGGCCUCAGACCCUUGCGCGGCUUCUACCACCCCAGCGUACGGCCCACCACCUCCCUUUUACGCAGCCCUUUGUGCUCCUGCUGCACCCGCAGGAAGGGCCUCAAGCGCCUUGGCCGCUUGCACUCCGAACCCGCGGAUUGUCGCCGAAGCGGCCACUGCUCCCACGGCUGCGCUCUCGGAGGCGAGUGUGGGGCCUCAGGCUGUGGAGAGCAUGCAGCCACUGCGGCAUUUGCUGGCAGACAGCGGUGCGAUUCAGGAAGCGUGUGUCGCUCCGUCGCCCUCCCCUGCAUCAGAAGCUGUUUCUGGUGUUGAUCGUUGCAUCAGAAGUCCUCCUGCUCCUGACGCAGCCGCGUCACUGGUUUCAGCCAGGGCCCAAGGCGGAGGGGAUGAUGGCGCUGCUCCCUGUCACACGUCUUGCAAGGCUGCUGAGGAGGGUUCACGUGGAAGAGGAGGGGCCUCUCGCAAACGGCCUCAAGGCGCUUCGGCGGCUCGCGGGGUUGGUGCGAAGAGAACGCAAGCAGCUGCAUGUGAGGCAACACCUCAGGCUGCUUCCGCGGCGCCCCCACCCGCAGUUGCCUCCGCAAGAGACGCCUGGAUAUCGUCGAGUUCUAGCGGCCCACGCGCAGUCGAGACUGCCUCUGAAGAAGGGGGGGCCCAUGGGGUUGCCGAACAUGGUGGUUCAGGGAGGCUUUCCCCCCCGUGUAUCGAGUCCUUGAAGGCGAAGGCUGUCAAGAAAGGGCUCCCAAAGCGAACGCUGCGGCUGCUGGAAACUGCACAGUUUGCUGCACGGCUCGCGCUCUUUCAGCAGACCGUUCAAGAGGCCGGAUGCUGCACCAUCCCCUCGAUCGGUAAGGCCAUCGCGGACGCGGAGCAGACGCCCAACGGCCCCGACAGGAAAACUGUGCAGCGAAUGGCGGAAGUCGCAAUACAACUCGAGCCUCGCAUACGCAAGGGCCGUCUCAGCUCCUCUAAGGCGCACGCUGACCGCCUAGAGGACGGAAUUGCUGAGCCACGCACGCCAUCCGGAGAUAUAACCUUCUAUUAUUGGGCCAAUACCCAUGACGAGGCCUCCGCGGAGCAACGCGUCGCUGCCUUGAUCACGCAGCGCAGGGCGCAAGGCUGCCGGGAAGCCAUCCGAAGAAAUCAGCUGCUCCUUGAGGGCAAGCUCAAAGAAGCGGGAGACGACCUUCGCCUUGGAGGAGGUGACCAACGGCUGCGCGCACCGGCCCCUGCUGCUCAGCGCCGUGGAGGGGCCUCGGGGGGCCCUUCUGAAGCGGUGGGAGCGCCUGGAGAGGAGUCCGAAGGAGCCCUUCUCCAGGGGGUGGCGGGAGAGGAGGCCUCGCGGGAGGCGCUGGUGGACGCGCAGUUGAAGGCACUGGAGAAUGAAAUCACGAGGCUAACGGACUUGGAGCAGAGAAACGCGUGCUGCCGGCCUACACAACCAGGUCCUCCAGCGACGGCUGCUUCGUUGCUUGUGGUAGAGAAGACGCUGCAGAAGGCCUCUUCAGACGACAAAGUGUCAUUCAGCCAGAAGCACCUGGCGUAUUACGGAUUCAUCUUCCCUGUGAUGAUCCGGGCCAAGUGCCUUCAUCAGUACCUGCUCUCCCUUACGCUACAGCUCUCAUGUGCAGCGGACACCACUCGGCAAAGCUCCCAAGCUGAGAUCCCCGCCUUAACCGUCUCCACCAUGAUCCGUCGCAUGCCCCUCGAGUCUUUCCUACGCCUAAUCGGCUGCGGUUACGCUUUACCGCUACUUGACGAGCACCUGGCUAAAGAGUCUGCUUCUCGCCAUCCGAUGCACAAACUCCCAGGGAACCUCUUCAAGCUCCUCGUCUUCUCUAGCCGACAGCUACAGUCGUACAGGCAGCUGCACCCAAAGGCGAGACUUCCCCUCUUGGGUCUGGGCAAGAAAAAUGCAGGCACCGCCAUCAGAAGACUUCUGUCAUUACUCGGCCGCAUGGGUAUCGUCUCUCAAGUACAGGGCCCUCUAUCGUCUACGCACGAGGGAAGCCUACAAAAAGGUUCCCUGUCACCGCACUCCUGGCUGCUCAACAAGGUCCUCAAGCUUCCGGCUUUCUCUGCGACGCCUGUGACUGAGUUUGGAGAGCCUCCAGAAUCCAAGGAGUUCAAGGGCCUUUGCCACGAGGGCGUGGAAGCCUACUGGCAGCAACUGCAACAACAGGUGUCUCAAUACGUCCUUGCGGAGAGGCAGCUGAGCUGGAUCCUCUCAAACGAUAUGCAGCCUUCGCAAUUCUUCUCCCCACAUUCUGAGCAGAUUGACAAUACCCCGCUGUCAGACAGAGAGGCCGCGGACACCCCGAAAACACCUGAGGGAAGUUCGCAACCGAUUCGCAAACGCCAACCCAUGCAGCUGCCUGAGGGCUUUGCGGUGCCUGAAGCUUUCAACCCAAAGAACUGGAAGGGUCAAGUCGCCUUUACGGGGGCUGCGCGGGCUGCUAUUGAUGCCUUUGCGGCGGAAACACUCGAGAGGCUGAAGGACGCGGGCGGUGCUGAGCUAGAGGCGUUUGUUCUCAAUGCUUCAUCCCCCCAGAUCGUCGAGCUUGCUGCCCGGGUUGGCUAUCCAACAGAUGCAAUCCUACGGUACCUCAUUCGGGUGUUUGAAAUCAAGGGAGGCUCCGGAAACAAUCAGGCACUUCUCAUUGGGGGGAGUCUUCGGGAUGGCGUGCAGCAGCACAACGGCACUCAGAAGGCAGAAGAGGAGCAUCCGUCGAGGCCGCUGUGUGUCGCGAGCAGGCACGGCGGUCCAGCAGCCUCUCAGCAAGGUGCUGCGGAUGAAGACAGGCAGACACGGCUAACGGUAGCAGCAGGCCUCUCCGGGAGUGCCUUGCCUCAGGAUGACAGCCGUGUGGGGCCUCUCGGCGUUUCCGAUGCUCCCGCGAGAAAGAGAGGACCUGGCUUGUUAGUGCAUCGCACCAAAGAUGUGCGUUUUCAGUGCCACAUCUGCGGUCACUUCUACUCGUGGAUGAAGAGCAUCAGCCUGCAUUACGAAAGGGCCCAUAGGCAGGCUUUGCCUGCAGACGAGACGCUCUACAUUCUGCCAUGGGAGAGGAAACGGCGGCUGGAGGAUCAGAGGCAGAAGGCCGAGUUGAACAAAUUUAAGAGGAGGCGCCGUGCAGCGGCGCCUGCUUCGAAAGGUGAGUAGCGUGAAGUUCACCAUCUGUCGGUACAUGCGCCGGUUGCAGAGGAGGCCUCAAAGGCUCGCGAGCGAUUCGCUGCCCGACUUCCUGCUCGGGGUACUGUGAAAUCGGUUGAAGGCCAAGCCAGCGUCUUCCUCCUUCAGGCGAACUUAGAAGAGGAGGCCAUACUUUUCUCCAUGAGUAGGGAGGACGAAAUAUCUCUCAUAGGCGCGGCCGUUGUCGCGGAGCGCCUCUGGCAGGCAGCGCAUAACGCACAGCACCACCAGAGGGGGUCCCCUGCUGCUGAAGGGGGCCCUCUUCCGGGCAGAGCCAGCGAAGGGCCCCUAACGCACGCCUGGCUCUUUCCCGGCACUUCACAGUCCCUCCCCCCGGCAGACCACCAUAUAUGGAAGAUCCUUGGGGCUCUUUGUAAGCCCCCCCUGUCUCCCGAGAGCUCUCGGCUGUAUGUCGGCUUCGUUCUUAGCCGGAGGGCUCUCAACGCUCGCAUCUUCAGCAGUUUCAGGCGUUUGGACCCUUCGACCCUCCGUCAUUUCAUCCUUGAGAGUCGCGUCCCCUCGGCCUUCGAGAUGCGGCUGCACUGCGAGCCUCGCGAAGAAAGACAGGGGGCUCUAGCGCCUCUUCGGAAGUCUUUGGUCUGCCGUCCUUUGAGCAGUCCCCGGAUUCUCAUGGCUCGCAAUAUGCUAAAGGCGAUUUUAUUGACGCCUCUGCCUUUCUACAGGCCCUCGGUGCAGCUCGCGGCCUUGCGUGAAUUAAGGCCGCUGGAACUGGCGGCUUUGUGGAGAGCUUGGCAGCGGCGCGGCUGGGUAACAGCGUUCAAGCCCCCAACAGUCGCGUUUCCUAGGGAGAAAAGGGAGCAGGUUGAUCCUCCUGGGGAUUCCGUAGGGGCCUCUGCGCGCCUGCCACAACAGCCGUACAAACGGCCUGAGGUUGCAACAGCGCUGGAAGCGAAAUGCAGGCGCCCCUUUGUUCUGAGCAGCGGCUCGCGCCUGUCUCUUUUCGGGCGCCUGCGGGACUACAGGAGUUUGGCAGCUCUUUUGCAUUCUUUUGGGGAGCUCACAUCCCUCAGCGAGGGUUGCCUGGCAUCGCCGUCCGUCUUAGGCUCGAGCGACUUCCCUCGAAAGGACGAUGCCUGUGGGUUUUCGCAACGCGCUACUGGCCAAAAUGCAUGCUCUGGAGCCUUCGAUCAGAAGUCAGAAGACUCUCUAGCCACGUCGGCGGCCCCGCAGGAUGUGGAGCAUGCGGCUCCGGAUCCUACGAACGCUCUGCUGCUAGCGCAUCUAACGGGAGAGGUGGUGUUGCAGUUUCCCAAGGAGGAGGUGGCAUCUGCUGAAAAGGAUGAUGUGCAGCUGCUGCAGCUGCUAGAGAGUGAACGGCCUGCACCUUCGUCACCCUUGAGCCCCUUUAUGCCAGAGAGCAGCUUGUCGCCGGUAUCGACCCCUACAGCAGGACCUCCGAGGCCGCUUCGAGACCAAGAUGGAAGGGUGGCAGUUGUUGGGAAGGUUCGAAUGGCCUUAGACGUUGAUGUUUCAGGGUGUGCGACCCUUGCAGCACUAGAGGGCCUUGCUCGAGGCCGACUGUGGCUGUCCCCUUUUUGGGGGGAAGAGGGAAGACUUCCGGAUUCUCAAGAAGCUCAAGAGGCCGCAGCUGAUGUUGAGCUUCUCAACCUCCUUGACGGCGACGACACACUCGUUAGCAAUGGAGACGGCGUGGAGCUUUGGAAUGAGAUGCCCGAGUGGCUAAGCAGCCUCUCGUUGGGGCGAGGAGAGGAUCCAAGCGAGCUCUUGUCGGACCGCCCCCUCCGCCGUCCCACGGAAGGCGGCAUUGAGGCCCACAUCACUGCCCAUGCUGCAGGUGUUCCCGAGAUAACGGCGAUCACCUGUGCCGUGUUCGGUCCCCUCAGAGAGUCGUCAGGGGGCCGUGUGACUGCAUCGCCGCCCACAGAUAGAUCAACCACCGUCAACACUCCACUUGCCGUGGGGGCCUCCGCUGAUGCCGAGGAGGAGGCUCCUCUAACUCCCAAAGCCGACAGUCUGUGCGGCGAGUUGCGGCAGGCCUUCGCAUGUCCCCCUACGGUGCCUUCUUGCGCGGUUGGACGCCUCAAAGCGAAGCAGCAGCAGAACCCGAGUGCAACAGGGCUGGCAGAGGGGCAUCCUGGAGAGGCCCCCAGAGUUCCCCCCGGCAGUCACCUAGUGGACGGCCUGUACGGUGCUGCAGGGGAGUUCGACGCAUUUGACCCCUCGUUGCUGCCGCCAGUAAUCACAAAUCGCACGGCAAGCGCAGCCGUCUCCUUCACGCUUCCCGAGGAGCCCGAGAAGACCUCACGCAAGGCUGCGUCGCAGCGAGGAGACGCACAGAAGAAAGCGGCGGCACGAGCGCUGCGCAUCAGACCGGGGCUUUCUGGAGGCUUUCCUGUGUCCCUGCCGACGUAUGCAGAUGAUCGCAAGCAGCACUGGAGGCUUGCAGCGCGAGCUGUCGAGGCCUUUGGGCCCCCAGAGUGUGUGUGCACUCCUGCGUGCUGCGCUGGCUCUCUCCCCGGACCAGAGGCAUCGGCAGACACCGUUAGCCUUGCUGCGGCGACCAGUGCUGCUCCGGCGGAGACGGAGGCCUUGAGCACCCCUGUACAUCCCUUGGGUGCUCUAAAGAGGCCGCCAGACGACGACGAAGGCCCCCCUGGCACGCGUCUUGGGCCGUUUGCAGCGCUUGCCGGCUGCUUGGGAGCGCUCCGAGGUGCACAGCACUUGCCGGCUUCAGCGGCAGUCAGGGCUGCUCUCUCGAGCUCUUCGAGUGAUGCAGGACCGCUUCCGAAGCCUCUUAUCGAGGCCGUGGGGGAAACAGCACUGGCCGCCCUGAGGGUGCAGCAGCACGCGUUGCUGCCGCUGUUGCCAGUGCCCCCAGAGCCCGCCGCUGCAAGAAAGAUCCAUGACGCUGCAGUGAAGGAACUCAGCGGGGUGUUCGAAGACCCUGCCUCGGCAUCACGGGAAGGGGAGGCGGCCUCUCAGUUGGACCUCUGUGUCUGCACAGCGUUGUCACUCUGCCCGGCGUGGCUUCUCUGUUCCAUUCUAAGAGCGAAAGCAGACGGCGUGGCUGUACACUCGCUACUCCUCGAACUCUCGGGGGAGCUGGAGAUGCAAGCAGAAAGGAAGGCCGACACUGGGGACGGGGCCUUUGGGGAAGCCUCACGGGCAGCAAGCCUCGCUUUAAAGUCUGCCACAUACAAAAUGGCAGGGGCCUCUGUGGAAGGCGACUUGGGAGUGGGGCAGCGUGCGGUGAGGCACGAUUGGGGAACUUCUGUGGUGGGAGCUGCCGAUAUGUGGCCUCUUCGGAAGGCAAGCGACGCGGCGACUGACAGCAGCUGCGCCCCUGCCUCUCUGUGGUGUCAGCUGUUCCUGGUAUCUGCUUCAGUCCUCUGCUGGCUGCGCCUUGCUGUCCCGGUGCCGGGGGGCAGCAGUUGGCGCCUAGUGGCGGCGGCCGAGGCCGCUGCUCGCUUUUGUCUUAGGGUGCGACCUGUUCUGAGCGACGCAGUCGCUUCUCGCUGGGUAGUCCACGGAAAAACGGAGGAAACACAUUGUCUCUCCGGGGAGACAACGUGCCAAAGAAGUCAAAGGGCUCCUUCCCAGGAACACAUAACAGCAACAACAGUACGCGACGCAUCAGCAGAGGCUCACAUGUAUGACAAGGGAAGCGAGAGAAGCAAAGCCCAUGAAGGGCAUCUGCCCUUUAUCCAUGACGUGCAACGCCCUGCAAUGAUACCCCGCGCCAUUUGGGCUACAUGGGGGCCUCCUGGUAGCUCUAAGCUGCAUCCGCCUGCCGCGGAUAAAGAAAUAUAUCUCGCCCUCUCCGAGGCAGAAACAGCUACAGAGAGACAGGGGGCAUUACUUCCCAGAGGGCCUUCGGACCUCCCAACAGGAGAAUUUCUUGAGUCUCUCUGGGAUGCACGAGAGGGAGAUAACACAGCCGGCGAGCGGCAUGCAGAGAUUGCCCGUGGCUUUCUCAGUACCAUGCUGACGUGGCUCUCUACUCCUCAGACCCCUUCAGGGUCCUCGCUGAUGUCGCCUCUUGGAUCCACUGCACCGGCGGAGGACCCCUUACGGCCAUUGCACUUGUCCAGAGACUUGUUGCCCGCGUGCGCCUGGCUGCGUUUGGAUGGCCGCCUACAUGCGUCUCUUGUACAGCUGCUGUCUCUACGACUUUGGUGUCUCCUUUUACAAAGGCCAGGCAGCACCGCCCAGCAGCUACAGGGAAUGCUCUGUCUUCUCGACGAUUGCGAAGUUCAGUUUCUCCUGCAUUGUUUGGCGGAAGAGGGCAUCGUCACUGCGUCUACACUCUGGCGGCCGAGCCAUGCUGUGCAAGCAAGCCUUAAGGGAGUCUCCCGAAUUGCCCCUAGGACGUCUCUAGGCAGCGGGGAAACGGACUCCCUACGCGACCAUGACGUCUGUCAAGGCCUUGAUGAAGCUUCUUUUGCAGUCCAUCGUAACGGAGUGACAGUUUACAGUAUAGAAGCAACCAACGAGCACCAGGAGGAUCCAAAUCCAGGCCUUCGGGCUCCAGAGUUUGACGGCGGUACCCCAAUCGAGAGCUCUGACACGUGGGGCCAUCCCAUAUCCGGCAAAGCCGCACUGCCCGCGGUGUCAGUGGCGGAGUAUGCGUUUGAAGUGCAGACUAUCUACCUGCCCAACGCAGCAGCCGACGUUCUACCGAAGUUCCAGGCCCUCUUGAUGCCAAAUCUUUCGGUGUGCAAUUGUGGGUGUUCUGCGUUUCUUUAA